AUGACGCGCGCUCAGCAGACCAUUUCCAUUGGCCUUUUGGUCACCUCGCUCUACCUCGCCCUCUUCUUCGACCUCGUUCCCAUCCCCGCCGUCAUCCAGGAGCAGAUCCUUCCCUUCUGGGCCCUCGUCUCCUUUGGCGCCUACCUCCUCUUCAAGCUUGGUUGGGGCGUCCUCACCUUCAACGAUGUCCCCGCCGCGCACCGCGAGCUCAUGAGCGAAGUCGACCAGGCGAAGAAGGAGCUGCGCACUCUCGGUGUUGAUGUCGACUAA